AAAAAAAAAAAAAAUGACCUCUUUAAAUCAUAAAACCCUAAACCUUUUUCGAUUCUCAGAGUAAACUCUCCAUCGUCUUCUUCGCACUCGUCUGCUUCCAAUUUCAAGUCUAUUUUUCGUAUAACAAUGACUAAUCGCGAAGAUACUUCCUCACCGGAGAUUCGCUGCGUCUUUGUAGAAACCAACCUCGACACUUGUCUCGCGUUACCCGUACAUAAAGAUGAAAUCAUCUCCGAUUUCAAAGACAAAUUACGCAAGGAGCAUAAACAAGCUUUCCCAGAAAUUGGAGAAAUUAAUGUUUCUGCGUUGAAGAUUCAACGACGAAGAAAGUUUUAUCAUUUCUCAGAAUCUAUGAAUGUGUAUAAGGCUUUUUAUGGGAUUAGUAAAAACUGGUUUAUGUAUGUUGAUGCUGUAAGAGUUGACAAGGGUGAGGUCCUGACUAUAAUGGCUGCUGAUGAUAAUCGUUCAUUGGUUGACAAGGAGAAGGAGAUUGCUAAUGGUUCACUACUUGUUGAUGGUAUGCAUACUACGGAUUUGGUUCUUUACCAAGGUUUAGAAACCCAAGUAGUUGAGAGGAAGACGAGGAAGAGGAAGAUUACAAGUUCGGAUGAGAAAACUAGUCGAAAGAAAUCCAAGGUUGAUCUUAUUCAAUCUGCUGUUGAUACAACCGAGUUAUCCAAGGUUGCCUCUCAAUCUUGUGUUGUUUCACCAAGAGAAAAGCUAGAUGGUGUUCUUAUGGGAACAGACAUUGUAAGCGGCGAGAGAAAUGGCGUUAGUAUGGGAGAGAAUCAGCAAACUUCUGAUGCGGACAGGCUAUUGGAAGAGAAAAUUCCCACUGUCAACUCAGAGCUUGUAGAUGGGCAUACCAGGGGUGAGAUGGAGGAUGUGCCAGACAAUCAAACUGUUAAAGAAGCUCUAGAAAAGCUAGAUGAUCUUACGGGAGCAAUAGAACAAGAUACUGAAAAGAGAGGAGAUAUUGCCGAUAUAGUCAUGAUUGACCAAGAGAAGGAUCUUCCACCUCCUUCAGAACUUGUAGAUGGACAGAUUACAUCACAAGAUGAUGAAAGAGGUGAGGGAAGCAGAUUGACUCCAAGUGCUGUCGAUAAUGUUCAAACUGCUGAAAUGGUGACUUACGUUGAAAACCAGUUGGAAGCUAGCAGUAGUUUGACAACUGGUCUAGCUGCAGAGAAGAAGAGAAAGCGAACAAAGAGCUCAAAAGAUCACAUCAAUCAGCCUCCUGUUACUGCUGCUACCGCUACUGCUACUGAUAAUACUACAGCUUCAAGAGAAAUUGUGAACGAGAUAAAUGGACUACCUGGAAAUGUAGUACGUGUUGAUGCUACUUCUGAAUCUUAUCCAAUCCCGAGAAGAGGAAAUCUUGGCAAAGAAAAUGAGAUGGGUGAGAAGAUUAAUGAAGAUGUGGGAAGCGCAAAAGCUAAACCAAGUUCUGUAGAUAAUAUCCAGACCGAUAAUUUGGUGAGCUACCCAGAAAGUGAGUUGGAGGUUAGCAGUGGUUUGACAACCGGUCCAGCUACAAAGAAGAAGAAAAAGCAAAAGAAGUCCUCAAAGGAUCGCAUCAAUAAAUCUACUGCUACUUCUGAAUCUAUUUCAAUCUCGAGAGGAGAAAAGCCUGCCGAUACUCUUGUAGACGCAAUACAAAAUGAAACUGAGAUGGGUGACAAAUUUGUCAACAAGGUGGGAAGUAGCGAAGCCACACUUAUCGAUGCUGAUAAAAUACAAGAUGCAAAUAAUCUAGAAGUUGCUAGUUUGACGAGCACCCCGACUGCCUUGGACCACAUUCCGAAAUUUACGGAUGAAAACACAUCUCGUGAACAUGAAGUUUCUAUGGAAAAAGGUGAAAUAGAUGCUGAUAAGGCUAAAUCCGUGAAGUCUACUAAGAAGAAAAGUUCAAAAAAGGUGAAGACCCCAGCUAAAGAAGACACUCUGGUAGAUUCUGGUGCACAGAAUGUUGUAGAUGGAGAGGGGGCUGAGAAUGUUAUCAGAAAUGUUUUAGAUUCUUUGCAUCAAAGGAACGAAGUGGAGGAAAAUCUAACCAAAAGUGAGAAGAAAUCAAGCAAGAGAUCGAAGAAGAAAGACUCUUGGAACUUUGUGGAGGAGGUCGAAGUAAUAGAGUCUUUGCAGCAAAAGAACGAAGCUGCAGAAAAUAUUGAAAUAAGUGGGAAGAAAUCAAGCAAGAAAUCAAAAAAGAAAGACUCUUUGAACACUGUGGAGGUUGAGGCCCAAGUACUGUCAGUUGAGGUAAACGAUGCUGCUCAGGUUGAGGCUUCUUCCAUCGACAGCCCAAAAGACACUGAUGCAUCAUUCACGCCAGCUAAGAAGAAUACUGAGAGCAAUGCUUCACAGUUGAAUAAGAUUGUUGAGGCCGACGAUACUAAUGAGGAUAUCAACCGUUCCAUGCAAACUCUAAAAGAGAACGUUGAUAUGGGAGACAAUUUUGGCUCUAGCCAAAAGGAUAAUAUUGGUGGUGGGGGUAACAAGAAAGAUCAAGUGGCUGGUAGAACUAAAUCUAAAAAAGAGAAGAAAAGCCUUGAUGGUUCCAUUGAUGGUGCAAUGAAACAAAAAGGCGCAGUCAACAAAAAGAAGGAAGCUGUGAAGAAAUGCUCUACCCCGGCCACAGUGAACAAGAGUAAGAUGAAUGUCAACACGAAGAAAGAAGUUGUGAAGAAAAGCUCUAACUCAGUCACAGCGAACAAGAGUAAGACGAAUUUCUUUAAGGAUGCCGAGAUGUCAGAGGAUGAAUCUAAGACAACUUCGCAUGAUUCCACUAAAUCUCCAUCAAAUAAUUCAUCAGAUAAUGAUAGUGAUGUAACUUCUUCUAUGUUUAGGAAGCAAGGAAACAAUCUGGUUGGAGGGACAAAUAUGUUUUCGGGGAGCCUGCAAGAUAUCUUAAGAAGCUCAAAAAGUUACAAGGUGGCGAAACUUACAGCUUCUCAAUCACAACCCGAAGAAUUCGUGGAUUUUGUCCCAGAUAGCCAAUUCAACUAAGUUUUAUCUACUAUCCAUCCUUUUGGAUCCAAUUUUGACCAAAACCUGAAAAAAGAUGCUUAAUCUUCCAAUCACGGUUUUGCUUUUUCUAUGUAAUAUUGGUACGCUGCUUCUUCUCUGACAUUUUAUAUGUUAAUCAGGAGUACUUCAACA